UACAUGUCUAGUGUAUUUUAGUCAGUGUAUAGUGAUUCAUCUUCCAGACUGGAUGGCCACAUAGCAACUGUGAGCACGACACUGCUAUUUUCCCUUUUAGUUAGUUCCUAGAAAUUGGAUUGGAAACUGUUAAAUCCCAUCAGGUGUUCUGUGCUGGAAUUUUAUUAAUGACCCAUCGCCGCAACUGUUGAAAAUGAAUUUGCUGGAAUCCAAAUUGUUAACGAUGUCGGUGCUUGGGCUAGUGUCAAUUUUUCUUGGUUUAUUACCUGUGGUGAUUCUAAGAAAACUAGGUCUUACACCGACAUUAACUGGCGAUGUCAUGUCACCGUUUACCAAGACGGUUGUCUCGGGAAUGUUGUGUUUCGGCGGAGGAGUCUUAAUGGGGACGGGAUUUCUCCACAUGUUACCGGAAGUCCACGAAGGAUGGCAGAAAUAUGCAAAAGAAAAUGGAAUCGACAUUAAUCUAGCACUUGGUAUUGUAGUCAUCUGUGGAGGUUUCUUUCUCGUCUAUUUUGUGGAGGAACUGGCGCACUUGAUGGCUGAUCGUCAUGCCCACAACAAGGAGGACGUGUCCAUUCACCGGGCUGUUUCAAUUCGCGGUUGUCCGGUUAGUCUUGAAGGUCCAGCUCCUCCUUGCGAACCUUCCGGUUGUCAAAAAACGGACGGAGACUCAUCUUGCCAAGGCUCUACCAUCUGCCAACUAGACUGCACUGAAAAGGAAUUUUGUAGAGACGUUACCGAAGGAGAAGGAUGUUCUUCUUCGAAAUGCUAUUCCAGCAAAGCUAGUAGCGCGUGCUCUGCAAUUCACAAUAACUUGGAUCCCAUUGAAAGGAACGAUGGAUACGGGACAUUCGGACCCGCAGAAAGCAGCGUCCUGCCGCAGGAAAAUAACCACUUGGUGAACCGUAAUCCACAUUCCGGAAGUAGUCAAAGCUUAAAACAGAAACACUGGGUGAAAGAAGUUAAUAACACAACACUGCAACGUUCUCAGUCGGGUGGUAAUCACAGUCACGAUUUGCAUCAUCAUCAUGGAUUGAUGAUGGGCAAUGGACACUGCGUUGGAGCUCCGCUAAGAGGAUUACUUUUCAUCGUCGCUUUAUCGCUACAUGAAAUACUGGAAGGAGUAGCAGUCGGUCUGCAGAAGAAUCAGUCCGGCGUUUUGCAGCUUUUUGCCGCUGUUGCCAGUCAUAAAUUCGUCAUCUCGUUUUGUGUUGGGCUGGAAUUAUCGACCAGCGGUGUCAAAGUCUUAAUGCAUACCAUUUACAUCCUCGUCUUCUCACUCGUUACUCCAUUGGGAAUCGGUAUUGGCAUCAUCAUGACUUCUGCCAGCUCCGGUGAUGAGAAUGUGACUGAUUCGCUGAGCUCGUUAAUUAUGCAAGGUCUUGCCUGUGGAACCAUCCUUUACGUUGCUUUUUUCGAAAUACUCGAGCGCGAACGAUCUAAAUCCACCGUUGGUUUAAUUCAGUGGACACUGCUCGUUUUGGGAUUCUUGGCAAUCAUGGGACUUCAAUUAUUAACCACGGAAUCAAAUUUAGGUUUGGACGACACGAAAUUGAAUGUCACUAGUCAAGGAACGUGACCACACAAUUUAAAUUGGCCGUUUGUUUUGAAUUUUUUUUCUCAGUAUUUUACCUUACUUCCAUAUUUUAUCGAUCAUGGACAAACAAAAGCAAAGGAGAAUUUGCUAUUGUGCACAGUAAAGGAUUAGGCGUGAUCACUAUUUUUACCGAACUGUGCAUGAUCUCAUUUUGAUAGGAAAUCGUUAGCUUUAUAGAGCCUUUGUAUGCAAUAAUUACGAAACCGAAUGCGGCGUACAAUACAAUUUUUUUUUAUCACA